GCGGCGGGCGGGCGGCGCCAGGGCCGGGGCCCGCCGGCCUCCUUCCGCAGCAGGAGCCAUGGCGGCGCCAUAGCCCGCCGCCCGCGGCCCUCCCCGCCCCGCGCCGGGCGCAGCGGAUGCGCGGCCUCGCCUCAGGCCGCGGCGGGAGCGUAGCGGGGCCCGGGGGAGGCCGCUGCUCGCCCUCCUCCUCCUCCUCCUUGUCGUCGUCGUCCCGCUCCCCUCAGCCCCCCGGCGGCCAUGGCCACCGACCUGGAGCCGCCGGCGGCCGGUACGGUGCAGGGCGCGGCGCCGCUGGAGGCGGAGGAGGACGAGGAGCACUGGCUGUACGGGGACGACACCACUGGCAAGCAAGAAGAUGGACCAAUUUCUGGACACGCAGAAUCUUCUCAUCCUUUGCAAGAUGCUCCUCAGGAGAACCGGCCUGUCAGCAAUGAAGACCGAGAGAUGUCACAACAUGCCCUUCCAAGUGGUGAAGAUGAUGAAGAAGACAGUGAUAGCGACAGCGAUGAUGAUGACGUGAAAGUUACUAUUGGCAAUAUUAAAACGGGAGCACCAUCGUACAUGGGAACUCCUAUGAAUCUAAACUUAAAAACGGGUAGAGGCUAUGGAGCAUCAGCUUCAGCCAAGUUGCAGCCCAAAGGUAUUGAUUUAGAUGCCGCAGGGAAUAUAAAUGGAUUGCCUGUUAUAGAAGUGGAUUUAGAUUCAUUUGAAGACAAACCAUGGAGGAAACCAGGUGCUGAUCUCUCUGAUUACUUUAAUUACGGAUUCAAUGAAGAAACAUGGAAAGCUUAUUGUGAGAAGCAGCGACGGCUUCAGCUUGGGCUGGAUCCUGCUCCUCCCAUCAGCACUGAAAAUAAGAUCACGGUCCAGCAAGGAAGAACAGGAAAUGCUGAAAAAGAAGUGGAAAACAAUAUCAUCAAAACAGAAUUCAAAACAGACUUCUUGGCUCUGGUGGGAGGACGCAUGAAAGCUGGGCCUCCUCCUAAUAGGAAGCUGGGUGGGACAAUUGAUGUGAUUGGUGGCCAGGCAGGCACAAUUAGGAGAGUAGAAGGAAGACGACGUGAUAAGCAUGCCUCUGAGGAAAACCCAAUUCAGGUUCUAGGAGACCACGGAAGUAAGCCACAGCCCCCACAGCAGCCCCAGCAACCAUCGCAGCCCCAGCAGCCCCCUCAGCAACAGCCAUUUGCACCACCAGCAGGCCCACCACCACCCCCACUCGCCGGGCCACCUCCACCACACUUCCUCCACCCUCCUCCACCAGUUACUUCUGUUCCACCUCCACUGCAUCCUCCAGGUCUGCCACCACCCGGUCCUAUUCCAGGGCUGUUCCCGCCUCCUCUGGCGCCACCACCAGCUCUCCUCAUUCCGACGCUGGAUGGCCAGCCAGCCAGCUACAAUAACAGGCAGCCUCCUCCAUUUGGCUACAACUCUGCAGAUUCAGGUUUCAUCAGCUACCCGCCCAUCUCCACAUCCCACACGCCCUGGGUGACGACGGUGGACAAAGGCACAAGCAGCUCCAGCAGCAGCCACUGGGAGUACUCAGGCUCGAGGCGCGAGAGAGAGAGGGAACGCGAGCGGGAGAGGGAACGGGAGAGAGACAGAGACCGCACGCCGACCACUAGUGAAUACAACAAUGAUGACGAACGAUACCGCUACUACAGCCGAGAGCGCAGCUAUGACUUUGAGCGCGACUACCGCCGGAGUAGAGAUCGCAGCCGGGAGCGGGAGGAUCGGCACCGGGAGCGCAGGCACAGGGACAAAGAGGAGAGCAGCAAGCAUAAGUCUUCAAGGCGCAAGCAACAUGAGAGCGAGGAGGGGGAGAGUCACCGGCGUCACAAGCACAAAAAGAACAAGCGUAGCAAGGAGGAGAAGGAGGCCAGCGAAGACGGUGCCCAGGAGGGAGAGGAGCAGGAUGCCAAGGAGUAACAGCCCUCAGGAGGGAUUUGCUCCUUUUGAACCAGCGUGGCAUUGGUGAUUUUUUGUUCUGUUUUUUUUUUUGGUUCCUUUCUUUUUUUCCCAAGGGAAGAGAGACUGACUCUGGGUGACCAGUGAAGCAUGUCACAGUGGUUUGAGAGUUGAAGCUGCAUGUGCAGUUAAACUUAAACUUACAUUGUUUUUUUAAUUUUUUUUGUGUUUUUUUGAUACAAGACAAAAUACAGCAGUACUAGUAUAUAAAGCACUGAGCUACUCUACUCAUAAACAUCCUUAGGGAGAACUUUGUUGUAUCAGAUCCUAUGGUUUCUGAUGGAAGAUGGCUUCAGCUGAAACUAACGCAUUUAGAUAAUAGGUUGUUGUUUUUUUGUUUUGUUUUGUUUUUGUUUCUUUUGUGACCAUCAUUCCUUUUUUCUUGAAAAAUAGGACAGUAACUGCAACUUGAAAUUUAUUGUCCAAAGAAAAGUGUGAGUUAGAUCCUGAGAGCCAGCUUAGAGUCUGGUUCCUAGUAGUGAAAAGUCUCAUCCCCAAAUACAUUUCUUUAGAGUUACAAAAAUAUCUUCUCAUUUCUCCAUGGCCAGAUGGGCAGCAUGUGAGAAAACUGCUUUUACUGGUGGGUCACGAGAUCUUGCUUUGGUCUGAUGGCUCUGAGAAGCUGUUAGGUGUGUUUACACCGGCUAUGUAGAGACUUUGACUUGUUUUUUUUUGUUUUUGUUUUAAUCCAUUACAAAUGUAGUUCUACCAUGUGUUACACCCAUAAGUGGAAAAUCAAUGGAGGGCCCAUAGUAAGAGCACGAGUUUCUCUUUAAUUAGUUUUGACUAACUUUUUUGGUUUUUUUGUUUUUUUUUUUCCCAACUAAGGGUUGAGCUGAAUAAUCUAGCACACUAGAGAACGUGAAGUUCCAUCUAGCAUUUUGCCCUGAUGGGGUUGGCUUAUUUCUAUUUGGAUGUCACCAACACUCCUGUGCAAUGCAUUCCUUCCCCCAUAGAUCUCAAAAUAAAUUCAGUCAAAUUCCA